CCAACAACGACAACAGGUACAUCGAGCAUUUAUAUCUGAUUCAUUCCUGCGUCUAGCAUUCCAGUAUGAGCCCGAUAUUGAAUAUUAUGCUCAUUCAAAAGUGGUAAUUGGUGCUAUGGACAAGGAAUGUCCGCAUUGUCAUGCUCUGAAAUUCAAAAAUGAGCCAGCUGAGAUGUGUUGCGCGUCAGGAAAAGUGCAACUACCUGAAAUUGAAACACCACCUGAACCAUUGAACGGCUUACUCAUCGGCACGGAUCCAGAUUCUAACGUGUUCCUGAAGUCAAUUCGAAGAUUCAAUUCAUGCUUUCAAAUGACAUCGUUCGGAGCAACAGAAAUAGUUCGAAAUACUAAUGCAAAUGGUCAACAAUUCAAUUCUACAUUCAAAAUCAGAGGCCAAGUUUAUCAUAAAAUGGGCUCACUGCUGCCAAUGCCAAACGAACCACAUAAAUUCUUACAAAUCUACUUAAUGGGCGGCGAGGAUUCCGGAAGCGCACUUGCCAAUCGCGUGAAUGCACGUUGUGAUUAUAAUAACCUUGAUUCACUUUAUGCCAGGCGCAUCGUCAGCGAGCUAGAUGCUCUUUUGAACGAGCACAACGAGUUGUUGAAAAUAUUCAAAUCACAUAUGCACCAAUUAUAAAGCGAUAAUCACGCUAUCGUCAUUAAUCCUGAUAAAACACCAGCUGGAGAGCAUAUUCGUAGAUUCAAUGCACCCGUUGUUGAUGAUGUUGCUGGAAUCAUGGUUGGCGAUUGUACAGCUGCACGAGAAAUUGUGAUUCGUAGAAGAAAUAAUAAUCGUCAGUUCAUUGCUGACACACAUCGUUCAUAUGACGCUCUCCAAUAUCCGCUAAUAUUCUGGAAGGGACAAGACGGAUAUUGCAUAAACAUAAAACAACGAGAUCCCGUAUCAGGAGCUGAAACAAACAAGAACGUUAGCUCAAAGGAUUAUUAUGCGUACCGAUUAAUGAUUAGACGUGGCCUGGACAACGUCAUUUUACGAUGUCGUGAGCUUUGUCAACAAUUCAUGGUCGACAUGUACGCGAAGAUUGAGAGCGAACGACUACGAUACUUACGAUAUAAUCAACAAAAGCUGCACGCGGAAGAGUACAUUCAUUUGCGAGACGCUAUCAACAACAACGCCGACGUCGCCGAAAUUGGUAACCAUGUCAUUUUACCAUCAUCGUACGUAGGCAGUCCACGUCAUAUGCAAGAAUAUAUACAGGAUGCUCUGACUUUCAUGCGCGAAUAUGGACGACCAUGUUUAUUUAUCACGUUCACAUGUAAUCCAAAAUGGCCAGAGAUUACAUCUUUGCCACUGCCUGGCCAAAAUGCAAUACAUCGCCAUGACAUUACAGCACGUGUGUUCAGACAAAAGUUGAAGUCUUUAAUAAGUUUCAUUACUAAAUCACAUGUAUUUGGUCCCACACGUUGCUGGAUGUAUUCGGUUGAGUGGCAAAAGAGAGGAUUACCUCAUGCACACAUUUUUGUUUGGUUCAUCGACAAAAUCCGUCCUGAAGAAAUCGAUAGUAUCAUUUCUGCGGAAAUUCCAGAUCCAUCCACUGACCAACUGCUGUUUGAUAUUGUUACAACAAACAUGAUUCAUGGUCCAUGUGGUACUCUUAAUAGUUCAUCACCUUGCAUGGCUGAUGGAAAAUGUACUAAAAAUUUCCCUAAAGAUUUUACCAAUGAUACGGUCACAAAUGUCGACGGAUACCCAAUAUAUCGUCGAAGAAAUCCUGAAAAUGGCGGACAAUCAUUUAUUAAAAAUAUCAUCAACACAGACAUUGAUAUUGACAAUCGUUGGGUGGUGCCAUAUAUUCGCCUCUGCUGAGCAAGACAUAUAAUGCUCAUAUUAAUGUUGAGUUCUGCAGUUCUGUGAAGAGCAUCAAAUACAUUUGCAAGUAUGU